AAGACAAAUCAAACAAGAUCACACAUGACUAUAUUUAGGCUUACACAUUGAGAGAAUUUGAUGAGUCAAAGUGCUUAGAUGAACAGUUUCAAAAGUCAAAACUGGACGAAUACUCCGGGACGGAGGAGUAUUUUUUUGUGAACAUUUUUUUUCUCUCUCGUGUAGUGUUGUCCGCUGCCUUCAAUGUUUGGGAGCUUUCCCUUUGCACGAAGAAAUCAGCGGAGCUUUCGCUCGGAGACCGCAAGUUUCCUUCCCCAUUUUCUUUCCUUCCCCGUCGUUCCUUUCAAUCGAAAAUACCGAAAUUGAGAUUAAAAAUACCAAAAUUAGCCGAAAUCCAUAGCUAUUCAGUUGAUUCUCUCUUUUGAUUAAGAUCCAAAAUGUCAAAAUUGAGAUCCAAAUUUGAGAUGCGAAGUCUCUUCUUCACCAAAUAAAAUAAAUUAAAGGAAAUCAUUCCCCGUAAGUGGUCUCUGAGUUUGUCCGUGCGGCAUAGGAUCUUGUGGCGCAAGGGUAUGUGCAUGUUGGGUUGGAUACUUACAAAUUCAUUUAUGGCUUUUGGGGUAUGCAGAUUAGUGUGAAGGGGUUAAUUUUAUUNCCAACCUCAACUCAACAUCAGAAAGUGUAAAGGUAACAGCUCAUUAUUAUUCUUCUUAAUUAAAUUCUAUUUUUAAAUUAUAAUUUUUGUUUCUCUUUGUUGUUGAUUAUCUAGAGAUAGUAAUAACAUUAUCUAACAUUAAGCAUUAUUCAGAGGGGCAGGCCGAUACUGGACGAAUCCAGACAAUUGGAGCAGUGAUGCCGCACCAUCCUGUCAUGUUUGAAAUUCAACUCUCUUCUCUGUACAGGUUAUUGGCUGAAUUUUUAAGUUUCAAUUUCUCAUCUUUCCAAACAAGUCACCAAGAUCGAAAUUUCCAUUUUAUCCAAUAAUGAAUGGAGAUUGCUUUGUCAAUUUUUUACUAAUGGAAACACAAUCAUGAUUCAUUGGGAUAAAAGUAUGUUGGUUUUGAAGUUGCGGACUACUACAACAACAAUUGUUUGAUUGAUGUUGCAGACUUAAUGUGAAAAGUUGUACGGAGUAAUAGUCAAGAGAUAGAAAAUUAUAUGGAGUAUUAAUGCUUUCUCCAAGUUAUCCUCUUAUAUAACUUUAGACAAUUAUACAUUUGCAUCCUAUUGUGAAUAUUUCAUGUGCCAUUUGUUCUGUUCAUAGCAUUGCUGUAAUCUUUAAGUUGGCCAGACAUGAUUGAAUAUACACUUAUUUAAAUUUAUCAAGUUAAUAAAGUAGUUGAAGAAAAUAUUGAACGUCUUUCAAUGUUUGAGGCUUGGAUGGUAACCAAUACACAGUACACGUUGGGAUUAUUAAUCGAUGAUAAAGAAUUCAUUGAAGGUAUAAAAGAGGCUGUCGAGCUUGGUUCUGGAAAUCAGUUGAGAAAGUUGUUCGUCACAUUGUUGGUGACGAAUGCCAUGAGUCGUCCGUGUGUUGUGUGGGAGAAAACAUGGGAACUAUUGGCUGAUGGGAUUUUAUAUGAUCGAAGAAGAUUAUUGCGCAAUCUAGAACUUACCAUCUUGCUUGAUAAUCUCCAAAAUUUAUACUUGAUUGAGAUUGAGAAAUUACUUAAUUCAAACGGACGAUCUUUAAAGGAGUUCAGUGGCAUGCCAUUUCCAGUUAACAACCCACUUAAUCGAUUCCAGAAUAAUUUCUUAGUUGAAGAGCUAAACUAUGAUAGAGAAAAGUUGUCAAUUGAUCUCAAGAAAUAUUUAUCAACGAUGAAUGAUGAUCAAAGGAAAAUAUACGAUGAGAUAAUGCAAGUUGUCACAGAUGUUUCAGCUUAUAUUCAAUGCAGAAAGGUUGCAGCACCACCACAAAUUUCUACCCUACUUGAAGAGAUCAGCCACCACCCGCCCGCCGCCGCAACCACCACCCCAACAGCUGAUGAGAUUGCCGGAGAUCCGGAACUUGAUCAGUUCAUGGAAUCUUAUUGUGAAGCAAUGUACAAGUACAAAGAAGAGUUGUCAAAGCCCUUUGAUGAAGCCAAAGCUUUCUUGAGUAGCAUUGAAUCUCAGCUCAGCAGCCUCUGCAAAGAUUCCUCCUUACAAACCACCUCAUUCAACUCCUCAUUUCACUCUUGUGAUGAAGGUGGUGGUGGGGAUACAUCAGAAGAGGAGGAGGAGGAGGAGUAUGCGAGCCACGGGGAAGUGGAAGUAGGAGACGACGGAGACGGCGAACGGCAACUGGCGCAGAUUAAAGAAAUGCUGAUGCGGAAAUACAGCGGAUACCUAAGCAAUCUAAGGAAGGAUUUCUUGAAGAAGAGGAAGAAAGGAAAGCUCCCAAAAGAUGCUCGUCUUGUGUUGCUCCAAUGGUGGGACUCCCACUAUAGGUGGCCUUACCCAACGGAAGAAGAGAAGAACAAGUUGUGUGAAAUGACAGGGUUGGACCAGAAGCAGAUAAACAACUGGUUCAUAAACCAAAGGAAGCGCCAUUGGAGGCCCUCUGAAGGCAUGCGCUUUGCACUUAUGGAAGGACUAAGCAAUAGGCUUGCGUGCCUUUGACUCUGAUUGGGCCUGCGUGCCUAUGUUCCUCUUUAGUUUGUCUUAUGGGGAUUGGGGAAUGUCUACCCCUUGUUCGCGGGUAUGCCCGUUGCAUUUGUACAUUAUUCUUUUUAAUAUUAUUUACCCUUUACCAGAAAUUUUGGCAAUGUCACAUCGGAACAUUGAGGCACUUAGAAAAAGAUCAUUGACACAAUUAAAGAACUCAACCACAUGUCUUUGGUCACCACCAGCCGGCGGCCUCCGUUGAUCAGUGUAAUCACCACCGGAUUACGGUGACAAUAAAUUAAGGUUUGCUUU